CAGUCCCGGCUGAUCUUUUUCGUGUCUCAGCAUUCCACUAGGGUUUCCGGCGUGUUUGCUGACUACCGUCCGCCUUCGACGGGCCCAGAAAAAGGGUCGCCGUUCUAGGCUACUCGAUGCAUUAGAGUGAGACCACUUUGUGUGGAGCAAGUAUCCAUCCUCGGACAAGCUGAAUUCUCAGCGAGGAAUAGCUCGCCGAGCAUUGGCGGCAACUUCCACGGCGGCUCCCAAAGCUGAUGAGGCGAUCCAAUCAGCCUUACCUGAUUUGAGCUCUUGACGUGCCAACUAUGAAUCGCAGGGUCCGAAGGACUACAGAUCGCAAUAUUCUUUAUACUCGUCGCUGCUGGAGGCUCGCGCCAGAGGUGAGCUUGCAGGUUGACGACCGCCGGCGUAGCUGCAACCGGUCGAGAUGGCGGACAUGAUCCUGCCCAAGGGCAUCGUGUUCAACAGAAAUUCUAUUUACGAAGAGAUAGCAAAGUACGAUAUCGUUCCAAUAGAGCAAAUACUUGAGGCUUGUCACGUCUUCACCACCACAUCUCGGGAACUUGUUGACCCUACCGCGAGGCGACUCGAGAAUUUUUGGACCCGCGUCUUGGGAGGCAACCGUCGCUAUCUUCCGGGUACAGUUAUUGCACGGCUCUUCCGAAGCAUUUCUGAGGAAGAGAGCUUCGUUAAGUUACGGGGACCACCGAAUCGAUAUGAGCCGCCUUCACCUGACUCGAAAUCCGAAUCGCCCCCUAAGACCCAAGCUAAACAAGAAAAGUCUGGGGAAGUACCUUCUGAGUCAAAAUCAAAAGGCAAGGCCAAAGCUACGAAGGCUGGACCAUCUUCGACAAAGCAGCCGCAUCCCAUCUUGAAGAAGCCUAGAGGCCCUUCAAGCUCUGGGCCACGGCCUACAGCUCGAUUUGUUUCCCCACCAGGAUCUGACAGAAAGCGUGAUGAUGGUAAAGACGGGGACCUCGCCUCGUCUGGGAGUACGGCGGUAAACCACGGUGGCGAUUCGAGAGUCUCUAGCUCAACAGUCAAAGAGGAAAAAAGGAAGGCAACCAACACCACGCCUAAGAAAAAGACUACUGCAUUUGUGGCAUCUACAGCCUCCAGACGUAGGCCUGCCAUGCCCCGACGCAUUAGUUCUCAAUCCUCUAGUGUCAUCAGUGGGGCCGACUCUGCAUCUAGGGAGGGAGGCUCUUCUGUUGGUUCGAAACAUUCCGGGUCGCAAAGCUCGACCUCAACGGUCUUAGAAAAAUCUGGCAAAGCAGCUUCUUCAAUAACUGAAGAAGGUAGUGAACGGUUGAGUGCGAAAGCGGCAGGGAAGCGACCAACCACUCGACCCCCACCCGAUGAAUCCAGCCCCACGAAACCUAGCGAUGCGCCGACAGCCCCGAUUCUUAAUCAACUACCGGUUCAGGAUGAGCCUUCUAACAUGAAGCAGCCAGAUUCUACAGGUGACGAUACGAAUAAAGCAACCGUAGACGAUGUUAGUCCCACGAAGAAAGCGGGUCAAAGUGGGACAAUUCAUAGGCGAAGUGAUGCCCAGGAACGACCACGCGCAGAAGUCUCCCCCAUCAUGACUCGAUCAAGAUCCGACAUGGGUUCUUCGCGGCGUAGCUCACAAGAUGGCUUCCCACCAUCCCAAAGUCUAACAUCGUCGAGCACCACGACUAUUUCGAACACGAUCGCUCAGGGAACGAUUAUCGAAUUUGACGAGAACCCUGUAGCUAGUGAAGCUGAAAUGAACGCGGCGCGAGGGUACGAGGACGAUUUUGAAACUGGUUCCCGAAGAUCCGGAAGCUCCGUGCUCGAUACGAGGUUUACUCCUACCCAACCAAGUACAACACCAAACGUACCACUUGGUCGAUCCAAAAGUCAACUUACCCUACUGCUCGAACGUCAAGGCGAAAAAAAGCCCCGCCGAUGAGUCUUAUCGCUAUACAAAUUCAACAAUCCACAGCUACGAGUAUUCUUUUUGGGAGAAUAAAAUAUUAGAGACCAUUACAGCGGGGGCCUAGAAAAGUUCUCAUACAAAACUGUAUAUUUACAAUCGAAUCACGUUCUUCUGUGAUUCGUGUCGGACAUAAAAAGGGGGAAAGGCUUUAGGACUGUACAGAGAG